AUGGCUUCAGAGGACACAGUCGAGUACGAGGUGGAUCAUUUAGUGAUUGGCGCUGGCGUGGUGGGACUAGCAAUCGCUGAAAGACUGGCUGCCCGGGGAGGCGGAUCCACUCUGCUCGUAGACAAGAACCCAGCCGUAGGGCAGGAAACGAGUGAAGUCAUCCACGCCGGGAUCUAUUAUCCUGCCGACUCUCUCAAGACCCAGCUCUGCAUUCGUGGCAAUGAGUUGAUGUAUGACUUUUGCGAAAAGUUUAACGUUGAGCACCGCCAGACAACUAAAUGGGUCGUAGGCCAAACAGAUGCUGACCUCGCAUAUCUCGAAGGGCUUUCCCACAAAGCCCAGAAUCUUCUACUACCGACGAAACGGAUGCCGGGACCUGCAACCUUUAUGCUGACACAGGAACAGAUGCGAAACCAGGAGCAGUAUGUGCACGGAAAGGCAGCACUGGUGUCAACGCGGACUGGAAUCGUAGAUGUACAUGGACUGAUGAACGUGCUAGAAGCCAGGAUUCAGGACCACGGAGGGGACGUGGUUUUGCAGUGUGAGGUCAUGGCUAUGGAGCGGAUAUACACCAGUGGAGGGAGUAUUGGAAGUCGAGAAAAAGAUCACAAGGACAUGGAGCCGCCCGCAGGGGGGAGUGGUGGGUUCAGGGUCAGAAUGACUUCUCCUGCAGGACCUGUCAUUGUCAAGGCUGCCUCUGUGAUCAAUAGCGCAGGAUUGCAUGCCAGCAAAGUGUAUAGUUUACUACGACAACCAUAUGCAACAACACAGACAAAGGAAGAAAACAAAGAAACCCACUCUAUGAACAGCAAAAACAUAUCAUCACCACUACCGCUGUUCAAGCUACAUUAUUGCAAAGGCCACUAUUAUGGGUACUCUGGACCUGCCCUAGUCUCGCGUCUGAUCUACCCAGUGCCCGACAAGAACCUGGCCGGUCUGGGAACGCAUCUCACUCUGGAUCUGGCGGGACGUAUGAGGUUCGGUCCUGACAUUUUAUACGUCGACCGACUGGAUGAUUAUACAAUUGAUCAGUCGACGGUAGGCUCCCCUUCGUCCAUAGAGGCAGUGUCGAAGGUGAUCCAGACCUACCUGCCCGCAGUCAAGUCGUCGUCACUGUAUGCAGAUUACGCUGGCAUAAGACCGAAACUAGCAGGUCCUGGGGAACCGUUCCGGGACUUUGUGAUUCAUCAUCAUAACGGCUUUGUCAACCUGGCAGGAAUCGAAAGUCCUGGCCUAACAUCGUCUCUCGCAAUUGCAGAAUAUAUUGAAAAGCUACUUUAUUAA